CAACUUCCAGCACAUUUAUGAAAUCAUCUAAAGCUAAACCAAUUAAAACUGUUAAAAAGAGAAAUUAAUGGAACUAGCGGUUCAAUGCCUCGGAUGUCAAUAGAUCCUCAGAAUGAAAGUUCAACAUUAUGGUUUACAAGCCCAGAUCUGUUCCAUUCUGCGACUAAUAGACUUUGCAGACAGAAGAUUUUCAGCGAAGCCAGGCUCAGUUUUAAGCUAAAAGAAGAGAAAUAUGAUGAAAAAUAGAGCAAGGCUCGAGUCUAAGAUAUCUUCCACCAAGCCUAAUUUUGGAAAUACUCUCAAGAAGAUGAUCAAUACUGACCAGGAGGAGGUAGAAGACCUCCAAAACUGGCAGCACGACAAUCAUAUCUUAUUCCCAAAGGUGGCCCUCGACCAGGAAUUUAAAAAGAAGUAUCUAGAUCCUAUAGAAGACCAGUCUAAUAGAGGAUUUGAGAUUCUGCUAAAAGAUCCUAUUUUUAAGCAUAGCAAGAUUAUUACUGACCCCAGGAAGCUUUCUGAACGUUUUAACCGCAAUAAGAAGAAAGCAAGAAGAGAGGAAAUGAAGGCUGCAGCCUGCUUAUCGAGUCCAACCCAAAGCGUUAUCGGCUCAUUGUCGCCUCAGACGAAUUUGGCUUGAGGAAGUAUUGGCUCGAUUGGAAGCUCAAACUGGAACUCUCUCUCAGAUUUCAGAAACAUUGAAGAUAUUGACUAUCUUCAAAUCUCAAAAGAAGAAGUAGGAAGGAUGACAAAGAAAAAUGUUGGAAAUGAAGUCCGGCUCGAGUUCAAAUAAGCAAAAGCUCGUUAAAGAACUAAAAAUAUUCUCAAGUAGACAAGAAAAUCUACGGAAGAAAAACAUUGAGUAUGCCUCUGCUAGGCAAAACCAGGCUGCAAAGAUAAAGUUAUGAGAAAACCAAAUCAAUGUACUUUCAGACAUGAUUAAAGAGCUAGCAGAAAGUGAUGUCCCAAAGCUUGAUGAAACAGGAAGGAUCUGGAAGGUCAAAGAAAAGAUCAGAGGGGUUAUCAAGCAUAAGCAAGAAGAUAUCCAAGCUAAGAAGGGCCUCAUUUUGGAAAACAAGAAGGUAAUCGAGAAAAUUGAGUCAAAAACACAAAGUAUUAAGGCAGAGAUAGAAGAGAUUGAAUUCGCACAAAUUCAGCAUUACUACAAAGUACUCCAGAUAGGACUGGAUACAAGACAAGAAGGAUUAUCUUGGGUGUUAAGAGCCCUCAUGAUGCUUGGGGAAACAGUCAAAAUCAGCAAAUUUCCAAGAUUUCUAGACCCAAAAGCUAUCCAAUAUCUUUUAGGGAUAACUCAACUUAAAAUGACACUUGAAGAUAUUAGAGCAAGUAUCACAGAGUUCGUCACCAAAAGAAAGGAAACUCUAAUAGAGAAAGAGAAAGGCCAAUUUGAGGAGUCUAUCUUUGAGCAAAGAGAGCAAUUGUCUAAUGCUGAUUCUCUCUUCGAUGGUAAAUUUGCACCAAGGAGAUCUAGUGCUCCAUCUCUUCCUUCAGGAGGAGUCAAGACCUCUCAAUUUUUUAAGAAGAGAAAUGACCCAACUAAUAGAAUGGCUAAUUUGAAGGAUAAAAAUGAGAUCCUGAGCUUGAUUAAGGAAAAAUUACAUACAAUGUCUAAAACCACUAAAGUAGAUCAGAUUCAUCCUGACCAGAAGUCUACAAACAUCCAUGGUUUACAACUCGAUGAUAUAUUUCACAACGUAAAUAUCCCAAUUGAAGGAAAAACCUGAUUUGACACUGGUAUGAUAAAUUUAGAAAUCAACGAACUUGAAGACAAAGUCAAGGAACUUAAAGUCCAGAUCCAUGAGAUGAGGGAUUUAGAGGCUUCACGAAUGGAAAGACUGUUCAGAAAAUCUGCGAAUAAUUACAAGCAUAGGUACAGAGUUUCAAAGGAAAUCAUCAAUAAUGCACUUGGCUUUAACCUUUUGGAGCAUCAUGUGAGAUCCUUCAAUGAAUAA